AUGUCAGAAAGCUGGCCGCAGCAGCCCCCACAGCAGCAACCGCCGGCGCCCCACCAUGCUGGGACCACUGCCCUCCCGGAGCAUCCCAUCGCCUCCAGCGCUGUGGUGGAGAAUCCCUUGGGCUGUGCCGUCUACGGCAUCCUCCUCCAGCCGGAGCCCAGCAGCCUGCAGCACCACACUUCCAUCCCGGCUGGCGGCGGAGAGCCCUCCACAAAAUGCGGGCUGUGUGGACACGACUUGGGGCACCUCUCAAACCCCCAGGAGCACCAGUGCCUGCAGGGGGGCCACGACCGCUCCUUCCAGUGCACCCAGUGCCUGAAGAUCUUCCACCAGGCCACCGAUCUCCUGGAGCACCAGUGCCUGCAAGUGGAGCAGAAGCCCUUCGUCUGCGGCGUCUGCAAGAUGGGCUUCUCCCUGCUUACCUCCCUGGCCCAGCACCACAACGUCCACAACGGCAGCUCCGCCGUCAAGUGCUCCAUCUGUGAGAAGACCUACAAGGCCGCCGCGGCUGCCGUGGCAGCCCCGGAGGAGCCUGCGCCACCGCAGCAGCCAGCCGCGCUCAACCGGACUCCCGUGGAGAAGCCCUACAGCUGCUCCAUCUGCCAGAAACCCUUCAAGCACCUCUCAGAGCUGUCGCGGCAUGAGCGCGUCCACACCGGGGAGAAGCCGUACAAGUGCAGCCUCUGCGACAAGAGCUUCAGCCAGUCCUCCCACCUGGUGCACCACAAGCGCACGCACAGCGCCGAGCGGCCCUACAAGUGCACCGUCUGCGAGAAGGCCUUCAAGCACCGCUCCCACCUGGUGCGCCACAUGUACGCCCACUCCGGGGAGGCCCACCUCUUCCGCUGCAACGUCUGUGAGCUGCACUUCAAGGAGUCCUCCGAGCUGCUGCAGCACCCCUGCACGCCAAGCGGGGAGCGCCCCUUCCGCUGCAGCGCCUGCCACAAGGCCUUCCGGCGCCCCUCGGACCUCCGGCAGCACGAGCGCACCCACAGCACGGAGCGCCCCUUCCAGUGCGACCUCUGCCAGAUGAGCUUCAAGCAGCAGUACGCCCUCAUGCGCCACCGCCGCACCCAUAAGGCGGUUGCGGGCACCGCCGCCACGCCAACGCCUUCCGCCGAGCAGGAGCUGCCGGUGGGGCCGUUCAAGUGCUCCCUGUGCGAGAAGGGCUUUGUGCAGCCGGCCCACCUCCUCUACCACCAGCACGUCCAUGGCAUCGAGAACCUCUUCAAGUGCAACGCCUGCCAGAAGGGCUUCAGCCAGUCCUCGGAGCUGCUGCGCCACCGCUGCGUGCAGAGUGCCGAGCGGCCCUUCAAGUGCGCGGCCUGCAGCAAGGCCUACAAGCGGGCCUCGGCCCUGCAGAAGCACCAGCUGGCCUCGCACUGCGCCGAGAAGCCCCUCCGCUGCACCCUCUGCGAGCGCCGCUUCUUUUCCUCCUCUGAGUUCGUGCAGCACCGCUGCGACCCAGCCCGCGAGCGGCCCCUCAAGUGCCCAGACUGCCAGAAGCGCUUCAAGUACGCCUCCGACCUGCAGCGCCACCGGCGGGUUCACACUGGGGAGAAGCCCUACAAGUGCCCCGCCUGCGAGAAGGCCUUCAAGCAGCGCGAGCACCUCAACAAGCACCACGGUGUCCAUACCCGGGAGCAACAUUACAAGUGCAUGUGGUGCGGGGAGCGCUUCCUGGACCUGGGCCUCCUGCAGGAGCACAGCGCCCAGCACACCUCCACCGACAGCACGUACCCCGUGACACCCUGCCUGCCCUGA